UUCAAUCAUAAACAGUAUACAUAAGGGGUGAAAGCAGGCGUACAGUAACAGUCGGGGGUGGUGUGUAGCUGCAGAACUGUUCGUACACUAACCGCAUGUUUCAUCAAUUCCAGAAAAUUGAUUAUUUUUUGGUCGUAUGUUCUUUUUUCUCGAUGUUUGCUCGAGUGGGAUGUCUUUCUAGAGUGGCAUGGACCGGCUGCCGAAGAAUGGGGAAUUUUACAUCCUCUACUACUGGGGGUCUAACCAGCACGUCCUGCGCACAGUAUGUUCACGAGAUGGUGUCACAAAACUGCGUAGUGAUAUUUUCCAAGACCACCUGUCCUUAUUGCAAAAUGGCUAAAAACGUGUUCAAUGAAAUCGGCGCGACCUACAAAGUGAUUGAACUGGACGAGCACAAUGACGGGAGGAGACUGCAAGAGGCCUUAGCUCAGAUGACCGGUGCCAGAACGGUGCCAAGAGUCUUCAUUAACGGAAACUGCAUCGGGGGCGGCUCUGACACCAAACAGCUCCAUCAGCAGGGGAAGUUGGUGCCCCUGAUCGAACAGUGCGCUCCCUGCUGCGCUUCCUCCGGCUCCGAAGGCUCGGGCAGCGGACAGUUUGAGUCGGCUAAAUGACUAACCGUUCUCACCGUUUUUUUCAAUCCUGUGUUUGUUAAAUGUUUGUUUGAUCUUGUGCUACAAGUUGUACAUUGCUUGAGCACGAUUAUGUCAUUUAUUUAUCAAAGUGCAUUGGAUACUUGAUGUUAGACGUUUUCAUCCAGGGAUGUACAGUAUUGUUAUUAAAGCUGCCAUCUUUUAAACAAAACUUGUGAAUAGUGGAACUACUUUUCAUACUUCUUUUCUGUCUGUUUGCUACAUUGAACAUUGUCAAAAUCAAAAAAAAAGCAUGAUCACUCAAAGCAUUGAGCAUCAUCAAACAGCGGACAGUCACUCCAGUCAUCAUUGUAUUAUCAAGUAUUGCCGUUUUUAUUCUAUACGUAUCUUCUUUGCAUGGAGUUUAUUUGAGAUAAUUCGCCAUAUCUUGUAAUAAGUGAAACCAGUACAGCGUUUUCUAUGAUUAGCAUAUUACAUUGUGCUCAAUAUUUAAAUAAAUUAUUGAGGAAUGUUAUUCAUUUGCAUAGACUGUAUGUGAAAAUAUAGUAAUUUUGUAUUUUUUUUACUUGCUUGUCUCAGCAUUUUCUAUUUCUAUGUGUCAGAUUUUAGCAGUAGCUGUGUUUGUCUCUGAAUUGCUUUCAUUUUCUUUAUUAGGUAACUGGUUGGUUUACUAAACAAAUAGCCUAUAUGAAUAUUUAUUGAUGAUACUGAUCAAUGUUAUGAAUGAAAAAAUAAUACAUAUAUAUAUAGAGAGAGAGAGAGAGAGAGAGAGAGAGAGAGAGAGGAGUCCAAAAGUCUGAGACCUCCUUCUACAUUCUAUAGGAUAUUUAUAUGUACCCAUGAUCGCUCUUAAACGUUUUCUUAAUGCUUUGAAUGUAAAUGUAUGAUUAUUAAUAAAUAUGAAUGAACGUCUACUA